CGGCGGCGGCGACGACGACAUGGCGGAGGCGGCGGCCGGAGUGGGCCGUUUUAAGUCCAAUUAUGCUGUCGAGCGCAAGAUCGAGCCUUUCUACAAGGGCGGGAAGGUGCAGCUGGAUCAGAUUGGGCAACACCUCUUCUGUGUCUGUGGCACCAGAGUCAACAUCCUGGAUGUGGCCUCAGGGACUAUGCUGCAGAGCCUGGAGCAGGAGGACCAGGAGGACAUUACUGCCUUUGAUCUCAGCCCCGAUGACAAGGUGCUGGUGACAGCCAGCCGGGCACUGCUGCUGGCUCAGUGGGCCUGGCAAGAGGGCAGCAUCACCCGCCUGUGGAAGGCAAUACACACAGCCCCUGUGGCCACCAUGGCCUUUGACCCCACCUCCACGCUGUUAGCCACAGGCGGCUGUGAUGGGGCCGUGCGUGUCUGGGAUGUCGUGCGGCACUAUGGGACACACCACUUUCGGGGCUCACCGGGCGUCAUACAUUUGGUGGCCUUCCACCCGGACCCCGCACGCCUGCUCCUCUUCUCCUCAGCCGCAGACACCAGCAUCCGCGUGUGGUCGCUGCAGGACCAGUCGUGCCUGGCCAUGCUGACUGCCCACUACAGCGCUGUCACUUCUCUGACUUUCAGUGCCGAUGGUCACACCAUGCUCAGCUCAGGCCGUGACAAGAUCUGCAUUGUUUGGGACCUGCAGAGCCUCCAGGCCACGAGGACCGUGCCAGUGUUUGAGAGUGUGGAGGCUGCGGUUCUGUUGCCAGAGGAGCCGGCACCGGAGCUGGGUGUGAAGUCUGCGGGCCUGCACUUCCUGACAGCUGGUGACCAAGGCACGCUGCGCGUGUGGGAGGCGGCCUCUGGGCGGUGUGUCCAUGCACAACGGCAGCUGCCAGGCCCCGGGCGGGAGCUGACCCACUGCACCCUGGCCCGAGCCGCUGGCCUGCUCCUCAGCGUCACUGCCGACCACAACCUGCUGCUCUAUGAGGCCCGCUCCCUGCAGCUGCAGAAACAGUUUGCCGGCUACAGUGAGGAGGUGUUGGACGUCCGGUUCCUCGGGCCCGAGGAUUCCCACGUUGUGGUGGCCUCUAACAGCCCCUGCCUGAAAGUAUUUGAGCUGCAGACAUCCGCCUGCCAGAUUCUCCACGGCCACACAGACAUUGUCCUGGCCCUAGAUGUGUUCCGGAAGGGGUGGCUCUUCGUUAGCUGUGCAAAGGAUCAGAGCAUCUGCGUCUGGAGGAUGAACAAGGCGGGCAAGGUGGCCUGUGUGGCUCAGGGCUCUGGACACACACACAGCGUGGGCACCAUUUGUUGCUCAAGGCUGAAGGAGACCUUCCUGGUGACGGGCAGCCAGGACUGCACUGUGAAGCUGUGGCCCCUUCCUGAAGCCCUGCCAUCCAAGAGCACAGGCCCCGAUGGUGCCCCUGUCCUCCUACAGGCCCAGGCCACACAGCACUGCCACGACAAGGACAUCAACAGUGUGGCCAUUGCCCCCAACGACAAGCUGCUGGCCACGGGGUCACAGGACCGCACGGCCAAACUCUGGGCCCUGCCACAGUGCCAGUUGCUGGGCGUCUUCUCGGGCCACCGGCGUGGCCUCUGGUGUGUCCAGUUUUCGCCCAUGGACCAGGUGUUGGCUACGGCCUCAGCCGAUGGCACCGUCAAGCUCUGGGCACUGCAGGACUUCAGCUGCCUCAAGACAUUCGAGGGACAUGAUGCUUCUGUGCUGAAGGUGGCCUUUGUGAGCCGCGGCACACAGCUGCUGUCCAGCGGCUCUGAUGGGCUCGUGAAGCUCUGGACCAUCAAGAACAAUGAGUGUGUGAGGACACUGGACGCCCACGAGGACAAGGUCUGGGGGCUGCACUGCAGCCGGCUGGAUGACCAUGCCCUCACUGGCGCCAGCGACUCUUGCGUCAUCCUCUGGAAGGAUGUGACCGAGGCGGAGCAGGCAGAGGAGCAGGCCAAGAGAGAGGAGCAGGUGGUCAAGCAGCAAGAACUGGACAACCUGCUACACGAGAAGCGGUACUUGCGGGCGCUGGGCCUGGCCAUCUCUCUAGACCGGCCCCACACUGUGCUGACUGUCAUCCAGGCUAUCCAAAGGGACCCCGAGUCCUGCGAGAAGCUGGAAGCCACGGUGCUCCAACUGCGGCGAGACCAGAAAGAGGCCUUGCUGCGCUUCUGUGUCACGUGGAACACCAACUCACGGCACUGCCACGAAGCCCAGGCCGUGCUGGGCGUGCUCCUGCGGCACGAGGCCCCGGAAGAGCUGCUGGCCUACGACGGUGUGCGGGCCUCACUUGAGGCCCUGCUGCCCUACACCGAGCGGCACUUUCAACGGCUCAGCCGGAUGCUGCAAGCAGCCACCUUCCUGGACUUCCUAUGGCACAACAUGAAGCUGCCUACCCUCCACGCGGCCCCAGCGGCCCUCUGAAACACACCAAAACAUGUACUUUGCUAUCUCGGCUCCCUGUGUCUGUCUGGGCUUUGUCUCACCCCAGGUCCUGGACCACUGCCUGGGCCAGCCCCGCCCCCACACUCUGGCCCAAGAUCCCCCAGUCCCUGCCCCUCAGCACAGACACUGGGUGGGGGUCAGUCAGGAGAACUUUACUCAGAAGACAAGGGAGAGUGUAGGUCUCCUUGCCCCACCAGCCAGGGAGUCCCACCCUCAACUGCGCAUCCCACAGCCCUGAGGCUUAUGUGGCUGCCAGCCAUCAUCCUUGGGGUCUGGAGCCUCUGGCCUGCCGCUCCAGCUGUGGGGUGCACAGCGCAGCCCUUCACAACGUGCCACACACUCUCAAGGGGGUCCGUGACACCCUGGGUCCUGCCCCAGUGCCUUACGGGUGAUGGUGCAGCAGCGGCUCUGAAUGGCACUCCGAGAUGGUCGGGCAGGCACGGUAGGCGGCAGGGUCGUGGCCUGGGGGGACUUGGGGGAGCUUUGGGCCUUGCCCUCCCUGUCCUCCCCACCAUCUACCCUGAGGUGGAGCCAUGGUCCGCUGAGGAGUGUGCCCAGCCUAUCAGGCUGCAGCAUUGCAGCUGGAAGAAGACCAGUGCGGCCUCGGAACCUGCGGGGGAGGGUGGGGUUUGGUUAGCACUGGGCCCUACCCCUGUUAGACUGGGCCCACCAGAGCCCCACCCCACGCACCUGCACAGCCACCAACCACGGUCUGACGUUUCCAGCACACGCACGCGUGCCCCUGCGGGCACGGACAGCUCGUCGGCUUGGCUGCUCUCGUAGGCGUGGGAAGCACAGAACUGGGACCCUGGGAAUGGAUCCUUGGUGGUCACCACAGAGGCCAGGGCCCCACCUCUUGGUCCCCGCAUCAUCUGCUGAAUCACCACCUCCGGGCUCCCCUCUGGAUCUCUGCUGACACUAGGGACCGCUUUAAAACCCAGUGGGGGGCUUCCCUGGUGGCGCAGUGGUUAAGAAUCCGCCUGCCAAUGCAGGGGACACGGGUUCGAGCCCUGGUCCAGGAGGAUCCCACAUGUCACAGAACUAAGCCGGUGCGCCACAGCUCCUGAGCCUGCGCUCUAGAGCCCAUGAGCCACAACUACUGAAGCCCGCGCACCUAGAGCCCGUGCUCCACAACAAGAGAAGCCACUGCAAUGAGAAGCCUGUGCACCGCAAGGAAGAGUAGCCCCUGCUCGCUGCAACUAGAGGAAGCCUGUGCACAGCAACGAAGAACCAAUGCAGCCAAAAAUAAUAAAUAAAUAAAAUAAUUUUUUUUUAAA